UUGUUGAGAUUUGUUGCGUUUUUCCGUGGGCUGUGUUACGUUGGUACGCUGGGAAAAAAGCACAGUUGACGUUUUUGUGACAGUGGCAAGUGUCAUUUCAUAUUUACCAAAUAAUUAGGUAUUUUCUUACACAAUGGAUAAUUACGAGAGUAUUUUAUUGGUGAAACCUGAAGUUUUUGUCUUCAAUAUCCCGCCACGGACGUCCAAUCGCGGCUACAGGGCCGCUGACUGGAACCUAGCCGAACCCGCCUGGACGGGUCGCAUGCGUCUCACGUCCAAAGGCAACGAGUGUGCAAUCAAGCUCGAGGACAAAAACAGUGGCGAACUCUUCGCCAAAUGCCCCAUUGAGACAUAUCCAGGCAUUGCAAUCGAGCCCGUGACUGACUCUUCCCGGUAUUUCGUGCUCCGCAUCCAGGACGACAAUGGCCGGACCGCCUUCAUUGGCAUUGGCUUUGGGGACCGAUCUGACUCCUUCGACUUGAACGUGGCGCUCCAAGACCACUUCAAAUGGCUCAAGAAGGAGAAGCAGAUCAGCGAGGAGCCCGCAAAGCCGGCCCUGGACUUGGGCUUCAAGGAGGGCGAGACGAUCAAAAUCAACAUGAAAAUUACGAAGAAGGACGGGUCUGAGGGCAGCGGCCGCUCGAAAGUGAAGCCGGGGAACGGGGGCGGUUUGGGACUGCUGCCGCCGCCCCCGAGCGGCAAACUGCCGGCGCCCCCUGGAAGCUCGCCGGCGGGGUCGCCGGCACAUGCCCCCAAAGUUGAUAACUCGGGGGGCGAGUCUUGGGGGGAAUUUGCAUCAGCGAGUGCGACAUCGCCAGUUCCUCCAACAACAAAUAGUAAUUGGGUACAAUUUUAAUUAGUGUUAGGUGUUGUACUUUAGAGUAUAUAUUAUUCUCAAGUAGUGAAUCUAGUUUGUCUGGUAACAUGUUGUGAUUCACUGCAAUAAUAUCAUUGAAAAAAAAGUAAGGAAAAACAUUAUUUUUAUUGCAGAUUUAUUGUACUAUAUUGUAUAUGACGUAAAUGGAGAUUUAUUGUUCAGAAUAUAAUAUAUUGUGCUUAAAUAUUAUAGUAUUUAUAAAAGUUAGAAAUUAGCGGUAUUGAAGCAUUUUUAUUAACUGUUUGUUUCUUUCACUGUUUUGUCUUAAUUGUUAUAUAAAUUCUAUUGCACAUUCCAGAUA